AUGUGGGCCAUUUCGGCUGCCGUGAGGCAGGGAUUUGUUCGCGUUGAGCGAGCAGGUGAGGCAUUAGUAGGGCAUGUCGGGCCGCUUUUUGUCACCAUCUACGUGGUGCUAAUGGUGAUUCCUGAAGCGCUGCAGAAUCUAGCACAUACGAAAUCACCCAUUCAUAUCCUCUUGGCUCUCCCGGGUGCUCUUGGGACAAGUGUCAUGCAAGAGCCAGCAAGCAUGAUGCAGUGCAUUGCUUCGACAAUCUGCUUUUUGUACAUUGCUCUCAUGAUGAUUUGGUCUUAUUAUAUGGUUUGCACAAUACCUCCUGGUACAGUUAUGGAUGGACUUUCAAAAUCUCAUCCGGAGAAGCGUUUGGGCCCAGGAAGCUCACUAUGGUGGCGCUUGCACUACCAGCAGGUAGCGGCAGCGGCCAACCUGACUCCCUGUAAUACGGGGAGCCCUUUCAUGAAAGAUUGCGGUGCUGUCGAAAACUUUCCGGCUACCAUCGAACAGGAUUUGACGGCUCGAUAUCGAUUUUGCAAAAAAUGCUUGCCAAUUACGAUGGAAACAGCCUUGGCGCUUCUUCCCCCGGAUCUUCGCCUGCGUGAGAAGACUAACCGUCGGGAACACUUUUUGCGAGCUCGACAGGAGCGAGCUAAGCAAAACUCAUAUAAUCACUCUGAAGAUAUUUCAGCCCCUCAAGGUCUCUUUGAUAAUAUCGACGACGAAGGUCAAGCAGAGAUCAGUGCAUGGUUGGGACCAGAGGAAGCUCAUCAAAUUGUUCUUCCUCCCAAACCGGAGCGCUCGCAUCAUUGUCGUACCUGCAAGACAUGUGUGUUAAAAUAUGAUCAUCAUUGCCCUUGGAUCAACCAAUGCGUAGGCCUAGGGAAUGAGCGCUAUUUUAUUUUGUUUAUGCUUUGGUUUGGCCUUGGCACGAUGAUCUUCUCCUACAUGGGCUGGGGUCUUGCGUACCAAGCGUUUCGUCACCCAAAGACCUGGUCCUCGAUGCUCGUGCAUCGCAUUUUGUAUUUGGCUAUUUGGGCAAAGGCGCUUGUCAUGGGCUUGGCCGUCAUUGUGUUCGCGAUGUGGCAUUUGCGUAUGAUUGCCCGUGGAGAAACUUCGGUUGAAAACCAAGAUAAUGGUGCGUAUAUAUAUAUACUGAUCGAAGCCCACUAUGCUCGCAGUGCAAAAAAACGGAACGAGGUAAAUACGGGAGACUCACAUCAGACCUUUGUCAAUAUGUAUUCUCUGGGAUGGCUUCGCAAUUUUCAAGUCUUUUUCAAUGUCGGGCCUGGGAUGGCGCAUAAAUAUUAUACCCUGCUGCUUCCAGUAAAAAUUGAGCCGUACUCUGAUGGUUGGCAUUGGGCCAAGCGUCAGGGUUUGAAUGGCGUUCAUGGCGGCGUUGCUCCCGAGGAAGAAUUCACCGAUGAUGAGGGAGAACCAGCAGAGGCUUCCCCAGUUUCUUAG